CAGCGCAUUCACAAGGUUCGAGAGCAACAUGUUCGCUGGUCGAAAGACCUCCCGAGCUCCAGUAAAUCUAAGCUCCCCUCCCUCGCACGACAUAGUUCCAGUUCGUCGAGUAGGUACACCAACCUACGACUACUUCUGGAAGCAAGCAGGUCGCUCUCGAUACUGCGGGCGCAAGGUUGCAGCGGAAAGCGCACAUGUCUACGGAUGGUAUGAGACGGGGCCGUUCUACACAUGUCUUCUGUUAGCACGGUACUCGCCUGCACACGGCUACCAGGCUACAGGCUUGCGGCUCUUAUCCACUUCGUUCGAGUGAGGUUCCGGGAGCAAAGGUUUGGCUGGCAAUGCGUAGGCUUCAGGUGUCGGCAUGGUAGUUCGAGAAGACUCGAGGGCUCGGCAAACACUAGUUAGCGCACUGACAGUUGCUAAAAGUGCUCCUCUCGCCAGUAGGAGGAGGAGGCGGCAGCAGCAGCAGCAGCCAGGCCACUCAUGGACACACAUGUGCAUGAUUUAGAAAUAUAUCUUGGAGACACAGCUAUUGGAUCAAAAGCUGCUCCAUGAGAAUCGAGCAGUACUUGGCCUAGCGAGCCAGGCGCUAGGCUGAGUUAUUCGGAUCUGCCGAAUGGUCGUACCGGUGAGCCCUUUUUCUUCUUUUGAUCGAUUUCCGAUAGGCCAUAUCUAUCAAGGAGACAGUGGCAUGCACAAGAUUCUGCGCAUUCCAGCGUAAGUGCGUGUCUCAGGAAUGUUGUUAGUAUUUGGAUUUGGGUUAACAGGCGCCUCUCUUGGCCGCCCUCUCAUGGAAAGAGGGGCAACUUUCGCCAGGUGAGCAGCAGCCAGUCUCCUGGUCUCGCUGCCUCUGUUACAUUCGUGGCAUGUCUAGAAUGCAUCAGCGUGCAGAAAUCGCCGAGGAUUCGAAGAUCUAUCGAUCGAUCCAUCUAGGCCCAAUGAUUUAUCGUAAUCUCGACAAUUAUAGAAUAUGCGCUCCUAAGCAAGAAGGCCCGCGGUCGGGGUUGUCGGCCGGGGCGGAGAAGCCAAAUAGCCCUCAUAAUGAUCAUGAGAGGAUGAUUUGCUGGUAAUCAUCCUCUCAUGCCAUGAGGUGCAUGAACGUGAUGCAGAUCUGGCCACACGGUGCUGGUGCUGGUGCUGGUCUCC